GUCUUGAUCCAGGCUGUUGUGCGCUCUACCAGCACACAGUCCAGGAUUGCCACCAUGGCCCCCACUGUCAUGUCGCGCAUUACUCGCUUCCUUGGUAUUCAAUCCCUCAAUGCAACAGGGCGAGAUGCGUACAUCAUCAUAACACUGCGUUCCUUGCGCAUGUUCACUGCCGGCAUUCCCAGUCUCAUUCUGGCCCUCUUCUUCGCCUCGCUCGAAUUUCCUGACUCGAGGAUCGGAAUCUUCAUGACGUUAACGCUGCUCGGAGAUGUCAUGCUUUCGUUGCUGCUUACCCUCGUGGCAGAUAAACUAGGAAGAAGAAGGAUUCUGUUCAUGGGCAGCGUAAUGAUGGCUUGCUCGGGUGUCGCGUUUGCUCUCUCGGAAAACUUCUGGAUCCUCUUGAUCGCAGCCGUCUUUGGUAUUAUUUCCGUCACCGGUGCUGACUGUGGUCCGUUCAGGGCGGUCGAAGAGAGUAUCCUGAGUGGGUUGACUGACGAGAAGACGAGGAGUGAUGUCUUGUCGUGGUAUGUAACAGCGACCACCAUGGCUGGAGCCAUAGGAGCAGAGGUUGCCGGAAGAACAGUGCACGCUCUUGAGAAGAGCAGUGGCAACAUCACUAAAGCAUACCAUGCUCUCUUCUGGGGAUAUGCAGCAUUUGGUUUACUCGGUAGCGUCUUGUGUCUGGGCCUGAGCCGCAGAUGUGAGGCUGCUGGCGAGAAACAUGCUGAAAUGAAAGAACGAGGACGAAGCGGUGGUGAUGGCGAAGAGGAAGAAGUUCUCCUGGAAGCCAUGACACCAAGCACCACCGAUAAUUUUGAUCACGACGAUGAAACUUCAAGAAGACGUGAAGAUCUCAGAGUUCCACCAUCGCCUAAAAAGCAGAGCUACUUCAGCCAAAUUUCGAAACCCACGCGGUCAAUCAUGUACAAGCUCUGGAUCCUUCUCGGCAUCGACAGCUUAGCGGAUGGCAUGACACCCUACUCACUGAUGAACUACUAUGUCGACCAAAAGUUUGAUGUCUCCAAGUCUACACUCGGAGAUAUCACAUCGGCCUCGCAGUUUCUCUGCGCGAUCGGCGCCAUUUUCGCCGGACCACUAGCCAAACAGAUUGGUCUCAUCAACACCAUGGUCUUCACGCAUCUGCCUUCGUCGAUAGCCAGCGCUUUCAUUCCCCUACCCUCAGGUGUGGGCUGGACAAUCGGGCUGUUGCUUUUCCGAGCUUCUCUCAAUAGCAUGGAUCAAGCUCCGCGCACAGCCUUCAUUGCUGCAGUCGUCAAGCCAGAGGAGCGCACAGGCGUCAUGGGUAUUACGAGUAUGCUGCGCACGCUCGCCAUGAGCGUGGGCCCAACCAUUACCGGUCUUCUCUCUGGCAGUGAUAACUUCUGGUUCGCGUUCCUGGCGUCGGGUAUCUGCAGGAUCACCUACGAUAUCGGGCUGUGGAUUCUGUUUGUAAAUGUCAAAGUGGACAAAGAUGCCGGAAGCGAGGAGGAAGAUGCUGUUGAAGAUGAAGACUGGGAUGGCUUGCUCAGCGACACGGUCAGCGAUGAUAGCAGCGAUGGAAGAAAGAGCAAGGAUAUUGAGAACGAAAGCAGAGUUUAGAUUGCAGGCUCAACCAUAUCUCUAGAUGGACUCGUAUCACAAAAUGAACCACCUCUUCAUCGUUACCCUGUUACCAUUUCUCCAAACUAGCACGCCGCCUUCUCAGCCCGCAGCAACGUGUCAUUGCGAUCAUCGGUAUACAACUGUACCUUGAUACCACGCGCCUGUUUCCUCUUCUCACUCAGACUAUCCUUGGCGCCAAACCUCUCUCGCGUCUGGGCAUCCAAGCCAUGGAACAGCGAAACUAGCGCACUACUCUUCCAAGCCUGGGUCUCUGACGUGUGCGUCAUUGUCAUGGCCGUGAUCAAAAAGACCAGCGUCGCCAGCACCGCCGCAAUCGGAAGCACCGAGAACCCCCAUCGUACAUGGACAUACGACUCCACUGUAAUCGACUUCCCCAUUGUGGGCACCGCGCCCAUGAAGCCGCGGAACGCCGUCGUCAUGGACACGGCGAGAUCGCUCAUCAGCAUGUUCAGCCCAUCCGCGUACUCGUAGUAGUU